AGGACAGAGAGAACAUGAGUGAUCCAGAACCCUGCAGAACUGAACAGGAAGACACUGAAGAACAAACAGACCUUAUUGUUGAGGAUGAGGAAAGCGAAGAGGAAACCCUGGUAAAAGCUAAGAAGACACCUCAUUUACUGACUGAAGGUACUUUUUUAAAGGAAAGUAGAGACAAGAAGUGUUUUACCUGCAGUCAGUGUGGAAAGAGUCUGAGAUCCAAAUUCAGUCUUAAGCUUCACAUGAUGAUCCACACUGGAGAGAAACCGUUCACAUGCACUCCGUGUGGGAAGAGAUUCGCACACACAUCAUCUUUUAAUCAACACAUGAGGAUCCACACUGGAGAGAAACCAUUCACAUGUACUCAGUGUGGGAAGAGUUUUGCACAAUCAUCAGCUCUUAAUCAACACAUGUUUAUCCACACUGGAGAGAAACCAUUCACAUGUACUAAGUGUGGGAAGAGUUUUGCACGAUCAUCAAACCUUAAUGUACACAUGCUGAUCCACACUGGAGAGAAACCACACAGAUGUGAUCAAUGCGGCAAAACAUAUUUGAGGGCUCCAGAGCUGAAGAUCCAUCUGAGAGUUCAUACCAAGGAGAAACCGUAUUCCUGUUCUGAGUGUGGAAAGAGUUUUGCACAGCAGGCAAUUUUAAGAAAACAUCAGAAGAUCCACACUGGUGUGAAAGAGUAUAUGUGCUUUGAGUGUGAGAAGACUUUUACUACAGCUGGAGACUUGAAGCUUCACCAGAGGAUUCACACUGGAAGAAACCUAGAGAAACCUUACAAGUGUUCACACUGUGACAAGAGAUUCAGAUGGUUAGAUUAUCUAAAAACACACGAGAUGAUUCACACUGGAGAGAAACCGUACAAGUGUUCACACUGCGACAAGAGAUUCAGUCGGUUAUCAUACCUGAAGAUACAUGAGAGGAUUCACACCGGAGAGAAACCGUACAAGUGUUCACACUGCGACAAGGGAUUCAGCCAGUCAGGAAGCCUGAAAACACAUGAGAGGACUCACACUGGAGAGAAACCAUACUCAUGUGAUCAGUGUCUGAAGAGAUACACACGUUUGUUUCAGCUUAGGAAACACAUGAAACUCCACACUGAAUAA